GUAUAUGGGCCCUUGGCUGAUGCUGACCGCAUUUUUACCAACCUCUAUGGCCGACAUGAUUGGAGGUUAAAGGGUGCUCUUGCCCGUGGAGAUUGGUACAAGACCAAGGAGAUCAUUGUAAAAGGGCAUGAUUGGAUUCUGAAUGAGAUCAAGGCCUCAGGUCUCAGAGGGCGUGGAGGUGCUGGCUUUCCUUCGGGCAUGAAGUGGAGCUUCAUGAAUAAGCCCUCUGAUGGCAGACCCAAGUACCUGGUGGUCAAUGCUGAUGAGGGAGAGCCUGGCACAUGCAAGGACAGGGAGAUUAUGCGUCAUGACCCUCACAAGCUCGUUGAGGGUUGCUUGAUUGCUGGACGUGCAAUGGGGGCUAGGGCUGCUUACAUUUACAUCCGUGGAGAGUUCUACAAUGAAGCUUCUAACAUGCAAGUAGCAAUUAAUGAGGCCUACAAAGCUGGCUUCAUUGGCAAGAAUGCUUGUGGUUCUGGCUAUGACUUUGAUGUCUUCAUGCACCGUGGUGCAGGAGCUUAUAUCUGUGGUGAGGAGACUGCCCUCAUUGAAUCUUUGGAGGGCAAGCAGGGAAAGCCUCGUCUUAAGCCCCCUUUCCCUGCUGAUGUGGGUGUGUUUGGUUGCCCCACAACUGUUGCCAAUGUGGAGACUGUUGCCGUUGCUCCUACUAUCUGUCGCCGUGGUGGAAGUUGGUUUGUUGGGCUGGGACGCACUCGUAACAGUGGAACCAAGCUCUUCAACAUCUCAGGCCACGUCAACCAUCCAUGCACCGUUGAAGAAGAAAUGUCAAUUAAUCUGAGGGAACUGAUUGAGCGCCAUGCUGGUGGUGUAACUGGAGGCUGGGAUAACUUGCUUGGCAUCAUCCCAGGUGGUUCCUCAACACCCAUCAUUCCACAGAAGGUUUGUGAAGAAGCAAUCAUGGACUUUGAUGGUCUUGUGGCUUGCCAGACGUCUCUUGGAACAGCGGCUAUCAUUGUGAUGAAUAAGCAGACAGAUGUUAUCAAGGCUAUUGCUCGCUUAAUUGAAUUCUACAAGCACGAAUCCUGUGGCCAAUGCACACCUUGCCGUGAAGGAGUCAAUUGGAUGCACAAGAUUAUGGGCAGAUUUGUAAAGGGAGAUGCACGCACGGAGGAGAUUGAUGCCCUGUGGGAGGUGUCCAAGCAGAUUGAAGGGCAUACUAUUUGUGCAUUGGGUGAUGGAGCAGCAUGGCCAGUGCAAGGCCUGAUCCGCCACUUCAGACCAGUGAUUGAGGAACGCAUGGCCCAAUUUGAAGCCACCAAACAGGCUGUAUCAAAUUAAGAUUUCAAGAUUGAAAAAAAAGUAGAAAGAUGUAGAUAUUUCUGGGCCAUGGAGAGGGAGUGGCCACAAUUCUGGUAAUUGUUGUUGGUUCAUACAUCUUCAACAAUUUUUUUUUUUUUUUUUCAGGUUAUAUUUGGACUUUGGUAACACUAAUUUGCCAUUACAGACUCCCUUCUGGUCUGGAUUAUGUUAUAAUUCUUUUAAGAAAACAAUUCUUUAAACUACCCAAUAAUUGAAACAUUGCCCUAUUUUCUCCAAAUGUUGAGUGCAUUUUUUUUUUUAUAACUAAAGUGUAAAUAGGUUAUUUAAUGUAAUUUAGAGGUUAUUCUGUAACUUCAUGUAUGAAAGAAAAUAUAUGUAU